AAUCGUUUGUCAUCAGCUGAUCGCUUGCAAGUGAUUCAAAUUUCUACGCAAGAUGACGCAUAUUUUUGUAAACAGUUUUUAGAAUCUAAUUAGUAAUGGAAACCGUAUCUGUUGUGUUGCUUUGAUGACAUGUUGAUCUUAGUGGGGAAUCUUAACAGUCUACGAAGCGUAUAUAUGUUAUUGACAGUUGUACUCCUGUACUUAGAACAAAUGUGAGAUGUGCGAUAUACAGAAAUUGGUGAAUUUAUUGCGCGAGAAUGUUGAUGCUAUCAGCAGUGGACAUAGUUUAUUGGUUCUCACAGUUCCAGUGCUACAAAAAUUGAAUGAGUCGUUUGUUCUUAUAAACGAACAGGCACCAAAUUCCAAGGAUGCUGCGGUCCAGGUGCCAGCAGACGCCAUCGUGGAGCAGAGGCUUCUGGAUGACCUCACCUUCCUGCUGCGGCUCGUGCGGAGGACUCCGGGCCUGCGUCUCGUCAGCAGCGGCGCCUGCCACCCGGGGGAGGAGCCGCGAUCGCCGGCCGUCAGCGUCGAGCACUUCCACUCCCUGCGUCACCUCGUCUUGCACAAGGUGCGGCUGUGCGACGUGCGCGGCCUGUCAACACUGGCGCCCCGGCUGACCUCCCUGUGCUGCGACGGCGACCCGCAGCAGCUGCUCGCCGCUGCCGGGACCUGGCCGGAGCUGCGGACGGCGACGUUCUGCCGUGCCGGAGUGUCCGCCGUCCCUGUGCCACUGGCCGCGGCCGCCCCGGAGCUCGCAGUUCUCGACCUCGGCCACAACCGACUGUGCGACACUGUGGGUGCAGAUUUCUCCGCCUUCCGAUCGCUGAGCCGCCUCGGCCUGGCGUACAACGCGUUCGAAGCCGUCCCGUCCGGACUGCCGCCCGGUGUCACCGCCCUCGGCCUGGCAUGCAACUACGUCGAUACUAUUGAUGGUGUGUCGCGGCUGGCGUCCCUGGUGGAGCUGGACCUGUCGGGCAACUGCCUGGCGGCGCACGGCUGCCUGGCGCCGCUGUCUCGGCUGCCCACACUGCGCCGGCUCGACCUGCGCGGCAACCCGCUGGCCUUCCACCCACGCCACCGCGUCCUUGCUGCCGCCGAGCUGCACUCCGCCGCCCUCACCUGCGAGUUUGUGCUGGACGGGCAGCGCCUGUCGCAGUCGGAGCGCGCGGCGGGUCUGUCGGGGAGGCGGGAGGGGCGGAGUGGCGGCCGGACGAGUUCGGCGAGUGCCGAGCGGGAGCCGCCGUCUCCCGUGCCGACAGAGAGGCCGCCGCCCCCGCCACCGCCCGAGGACUCCCUGUCCACCGCCAGCUCCACCGCCUCGGACAAGACCCUCGUCGCCGACGGCACGACGCCAGGCAGGAGACAGUCGACGGCAGGCGGCGGCGAUGGCAGCAAGACUGCACCUGUGAGGAAGUCACGUCACGUGCGGAAGGCCGUCAUAUCGGACCUGGAGGCUGCAGACCCCACAGAUGACGGCUCCCUGACAGGCAGCGUCACGUCGAUCCGCAGCUCACCACCCGAUUUGAACGCAGAGCACCUGGAGACGAAGCGCAGGGUGGAGAGCCUGCGGCAGAUGUUCGGCCACGACAACUGGCUGCACAGCCAGGGUGGGACGUUCCUGCAGGACGUGCUCGGCCUGCCGCCCACCGCCGCCACUGCAUCCGCCCUGCUCGGUGGGACCGCACCCGGACCCGAACUCGAACCCGUGGCCGCCCCGGUCAGUCCUGCGGUUGUCGACUCUGCUGUUGCGGAGGUAGACAGCGUGGAAGUGCUUAAGGAAGGAAACAGCGACACAUUGGAUGACUCGUGUGUACACACUCUCUCAUCAGAAGAAGGGAACGGACAGCGAGAAGAGGAAGAAAUAAUUCCACCGGCAGAUGACGAGGAGGAAGCAGACGAGAGUGAGCAGCAGCUGUAUGCAGUGCGCCGGCUGCUCUCGGUGGGGAAGAAGCAGCAGCAGACCCAGCAGCAGGAACUCUUCCUGGCCGUCACAGACAGGCAGCUGAAGGAGCGCGACACGGCGACCGGCCGGCUGCUCUGCCGCUGGCAGACGGAGGCCCUGCAGAGCUGCGAACUGCUGUCUGCGGAGCCGGCCCGCAUCCGCGUCACGUUCGACACCGUCAAGCCGGACCGCCGCGAGAGGACUUACUUCGUGGAAGACGCCAAAGAUGCUCAGCACCUGCUACAAACCCUGAGGGCCAUCCUGGACGAGAGGCCACUGCAGGCGAACAACCUGAGCGUCUUCCGCUGCAUGAAGUGCUCGUCGCAGUUCUCCGAUGAAGUAGAGUCUCCCCUGGUUCCCGAUCCCCGGCUGGACGGGACCCUCCGGUGCCCGAACUGCGGCAGCGCCGUCGUGGUACAGGCCGAGGAGGAACCGCAGCCCGACCCGCAGCCACAGCCGCGGCCGACCGGAGCUGCGCCGCCGUCCCGCAGGCGGGCCGACGUCCGCGCCGCCGUACCGGCCCCGGAGGACCCUCCCCUCGCCGACUCUCCCUCGCAGUCCAGCAUAGGUUCGGCGGCCUCGCUGGACGCGCUGGGGGAGCCGUCUGCGAGUGCGACGCCUUCGGGCCCCGGCAGCGGGGGCCCGCGGCGCUGCGAGAGCGACAUCGAGAUCAUCAGCAACCCCAGCCAGAGCAGCAUCGAAGUCCUGGACGGCAGCGGAGCCAGGACUCCCGGCAGGAAGCGGUCCUCGGAGGAGCGGCAGGUGGCGGCCCACGGGCUCCCGGCGGUGGCGGGCCCGCAGGUGGCGGCGCCUCCGCUGCUGCCGACCCUCCCGCCGCCGAUGACGGAGAGCAGCAGCUCCGAUUCGCUGACUGACAGCGUGUGCACGGCUUACGAGGGCCGCGCCCCCGCCUCUGCGCCCGCCCCCGCUGCCGCUGCCGCCCUCACUGCGUCUCUACAGACCGGGCCCGGUCCUCAUGUGGCGGAGCCCGCGGCCAGCCCUCCAGGUGCGCAACGACGAGCGGCGCCUCGGCCGGACGCGACGUCCCGGCCCGGCGUCCCGCUUUCGGACAAGCCACAGUACUCGUACGUGGACUUCGGCUGGGCAGACCACCGCAUCAAGCUGCACCUUUACGUCAGUGUCUUCCAGCAGCGGGACGAGGAGCUCACCACACUCGUCAAGGGUCACGUGCUGUGCAAGAACUUGACGCAACCGAAACCUGCACUGGUGGUCCUGUCGACGCACAAGGUCUACCUCCUCUACAUUACGAGACAGGAGAGUGACGAGCCGCGGCGGUGGCUGGUGCCGGCAGACGCGUGGCCGCUGCGACAGCUGCGGGAGGUGCGGGCGCUGCCCUGGGGGCAGGGCGUGUCGCUGCUGCUCUCCCCGACCGGCUCGACGCCGGCUGCGGCGGCGGCUCUGCUGCUCCUCCUGUACGACGCGGACCACACCUCGGCCCUCCUCGCCCACUUGGCAGGGCUCAGUCUCGGGGACGGGUGCUGCGUGGAGGGGGAGCCACUGCAACAGCACACGGAUGCAGUGAGGCGUCUCGCAGCCACUCCGGACCGACCGGACGAUGACGUCCGUGUGGCGGCAUUCUUCGUGGCAGCCAGUGUCAUCACCGACUCUGGGACCGUCAGCCUGGGCUCGGGGACACUGGCGAUUGGCGAGUCGGCGCUGUCACUGUCGACCGAUUCGCUGCUCUGGUUGCUGCCGUCCUCCGGGAAGCCGCCCGAGCUCUGGGCGGCACAGAGCAUCAGCAACCUGGUGGAAGUGGAAGUGGACGGGGAGACAGUUACGCCGGUCUUCCUGGACGAGUCGUCCGGCACCGCGCGAGAGAUCCGCUGGGUGCUCCGGAUGGGCAGCGCGGCCGUCGUGUCGGCCCUCCUGGACGCGGUGCGGCCGCCGUGGGAGCAGCUGUUCUCACUGCCCCUGCAGGUGUCUCUGUCUGGGCAGUCCAGAUAACACAGCUGACGAUGUCCACAGGACUGCUCACGUGUCUGUGUGUGUAAGCAAUGAGCAAUACUCUCUAAUCUUCCAUGUGCUGCCUGCCAGUCUCUCUCAGAUCUUCCAUGUAUCAUUUUGUUAAAUGUGUAGUACGUGCAGAGAAUGUGUGUGUGUGUUUUUGAGAGAGUUUUUUUAAGACAAAGUAGUGAGAUAAUCACAGAACAGGUGCAGCUUUUGUUUGGAAGUUCUGUGUCAACUUUUAACAGGUCCAAGUCCAAUGUUGUUAUAUCUUCUAUACCCUUAAUAUAUAUCAUUACGGUUGGAAUGUGUCGUUCUGCAUCCAGUGUGCAAGCAAAAAGGGGACUUGUGGGCUCCGGGAACCGCUGUGCGCUACCUGUGCCGCGGAUGAAAGCAACGGGACAGUAGAAUAAAAGACUGCCUGCUGAAAACCUCUUCUCCUUUAGUGAACAGCUGUUCUGCUGCAGUAGGUAGCUUUGGUUGCCAUAUUUUAAUUGCAUCUAGUUUCACAGAGAGCCUUUCUCAUCAGUACACACACCCCUGUCCUGGUUCCCUCUUAUUAUGUCUAGGAGAAUUUAAGAUCCCCCCCCCCCCCCCCUCUCUCUCUCUCUCUCUCUCUCUCUCCUGUCCCAUUGUGUUGCACCUAUCCAGAUGACUUAACCCUUGUCCACGUCAUGCGUCUGAAUAUAAACGUCACUUUCCAAAACUUUCCUUUUAACCGAGUAAACCCAUAAACUUAAACAUUUUAGGUAGUGCUGCACUGCAGAUGCUUACAUCGUGUCAUUAAAUGUUUCAUAGAUGUAACGAGGCUCAGCAUCCUGUAAAGUUCAUCCAUUUGCAUAACACUUGUGAAAUUUCUAGAAAGAACAAGUUCCUGCAUCCAGUGAUCUACUUUACUGCUUCUUUCAUUGCUUAUAGAUGACGUUUUAUUUAUUACAACAAACUUUUGACCUCUCUUUGCUCUCAAGUGCUGUUUUUCUGUGCCUUAUUCUCCGUGUCUCUCGGGGUCAACUCCCUUCGCAGUCUUGUUACACCGCUCCGAUCGUAUUUGCAUUGUUUUGGGGUGCAGUCUCGUCAUUACCAGGUUGUUCUAUUUCUUGUCAUUACCAGGUCGUUCUAUUCUGUAGGUAUCUGGGAACUCUCUUCUUUUUUAACAGGUGCCGUCUUUUCGUACUACGCGACACACCGUUCCAGUGUAGGCAGUCCUGUCGAAGCUUUCCCACCGUUGACGUAAAAGUUUUCCGAGUACGGAACCACGUCACAGUGUGAGAAACUAUAUUGGAGAA